AUGUUUGGCUUCUUUGAGCCCCAAUUCAAUCCCGCCAAAGACAUCCCGGACCUCUCCGGCAAGGUCAUUCUCGUCACCGGUGGCAACGUCGGCCUCGGGCUGGCGUCCGUCAUUGAGCUGGCCAGACACAACCCAAAGCGUAUUUUCCUCGCGGCACGCAAUGAGGAAAAGGCCCGCAAGGCCAUGGAGAGCAUCUCGUGGGAGUUGGGCACCGAGAAGGCGUCUGUGGUGUCGUUCUUGCCGCUCGACCUGAGCUCGUUCGACAGCAUCCGCAAGGCGACCGAGGAGGUCAAGUCGCAGACGGACGAGCUCCACAUCCUGCUCAACAACGCAGGGAUAAUGAUGACGCCAGCCACCACGACCAAGGAUGGCUACGAAGAGCAAUUCGGAACCAACCACAUGGGCCACGCGCUGCUGACUCGUCUGCUGCUUCCGCUGCUGGAGAAGACGGCUCAGGGCGGCAAGGUCGACGUGCGCGUCGUCAAUCUCUCGUCGGCAGGUGAGGGCAUGGCGGCCAAGGACGGCUUCAGUGAUUUGCCGCGGUACAAGACACCCAUGGAAGACGUCUCUACCUACACACGCUAUGGCGCGUCCAAGUUGGCCAACAUAUACCAUGCGCAAAUGCUUGCGCGCAAGUAUCCCCACAUCAAAGCCGUGGCUGUACACCCGGGAGUUGUGAACACCAACCUGUUAGAGGGUACCAAGAAAAGCUAUCCAUGGCUCGUGCCAAUCUUUAUGCCUUUUACCGGCCUGUUGUUCAAGAGUCCGGCGGAGGGUGCCAAAAACCAGCUGUGGGCAGCCACAAACGAAAAAGUUAUAAGCGGCGAGUUUUAUUGGCCUGUCGGCCUUCUGGACAAGGGUUCAGCAUUGUCAAAGAAUCCCAAGGAGGCUGAGAAACUGUGGGAGUGGACCGAGAAGGAGCUGGAUGCGUAUUUGAAGCAGUGA